GUUUCCACCGAGCAUCUUGUUCAAUUGCACAUUCUGACCCCACUAUCCCCACCGAAGCAACCAUAAAUAACCUCAUAACAAACAUGACCUCAACAAAAACCCCAAGCCCAAUCACGGAGCUAGCUCUUUUUCACCUAAAACCAUCAACGGACCGAGAAGCCAUUAGAAGGGAGCUAUCAUCAGCCGCAAAGGCCCAGGCCUCCUACUCCAAGUACCCUACUUAUCUGUUCACCCAGGUCGAAGACCCAUCGUACAUCUACCUUCUUGGAGGCUGGAGUUCAGUCUCGGCUCACAUGGACGAUUGGAUACCCAGCUCUACAAACCAGUCCUUACUUGCUUCUCUCAAGGAGAAGUUAGAUCUUGUGUACAUGAUUCAUAUUGACAUUGACCCUAUUGAGCUGGGUGUGUUUGGAUUGUCUACCGGGAGGUCAGGAGAGGUACCGAUAGUUGAUGCCCCUGUGAUCGCUAUCGGGCGUUAUUUCCUGCGGACUGGUGAGAAGGAAGCGUUCCUGAACAGGUUCGAAGAGACUAAGAUGCACUUGGAGGCGUAUAUUGCUCCGAGGGCAUUGAAAGGUGGAGUUCGGGUGGAACCCAAGGAUAGGAAGGAUGAUGGUAUGGAAAAGGAGGAGUUUGUGCUCUUCAGUGGUUGGGGAGAGGUGAAAGACCAUUUUGCAUUCGCAGAGUCGGAUGGGUUCAAGGAAUUUACUCAGAUAAAGGACUUCUUGGAGGGGGCGGACAUUAAGCAUGUCUCUAUUUGGGAGGACUGACGAUAUGGUCCUGGUAUUAAUGAAUGUUAUUACGGGGGCCAGUCUCGUGAUGGUUUGAUCAGUCAACGGGGUCGUUGCAUAAGGUAGGGACGACUGAAAGUCGACCAUAUAAUGGUGAAAGUUACGCCUGCGCUCUC